AUGGCGAACCCCUAUCAAACACAGGCGGCCUCUUUCUAUUUGGUUUUGGAUAGGUUCAAGGCCUCUCUGACCGAUAAGGAGAGGAGCGAAUUCGGUGCAACCACUUUAAUUGAGCUGGAAGUCGCCAUAGAGACCAUUCAGAGGCGCCAGGCUUCCGAGAAGAGGCUACGGGGCAUGUACAGGCUAGAGGGGUUCCUAGAAGGAAUGAAGCAAUACGACAAAGUCAUAGCCGUGUUUCUGAAUUCGAGCCAGGUUCUCGCUUUCGUAUGGGGUCCUAUGAAGUUCCUUCUCCAGGUCGCCUGUACCUUUGCCGAAGCCUUCGACUCGUUGAUGGAUGCAUAUCAGCGAAUUGGCGAGCAGAUCCCCCUCCUCGCCCAAUACGAGAACUACUUUCGCAAUUACCCACAGAUAUCUCAGGUGUUGAGACUUCUAUACGAAGAUAUUCUGAAUUUCCAUUGGAAAGCCAUGAAAUACUUCAAACAGCGCAUGUGGAAGCAGCUGUUUCAUGCCGUCUGGAGGAACUUUGACACAGAAUUUUCUAGUAUCCUUCGCAAUCUACGAGAGCAUCGCACCCUCAUUGAGUCCCAAGCCAGCAUCACACAGUUUACAGAAGUCUUGAGGACGCAAGAGUUGGCCAAAGCGGCUCUCAAAAGCCAGAAAGAGGAGGAAACUCGCCGACGCCGUGAAGCGGUGUAUCAGUGGCUAUGCGCGGCGAAGUACGAGGUGGACCAAGAGAAGCACGCAAAGGUCCGAGAAGACUAUCCCGGUACAGGACGAUGGCUCUUAGGAGUUAACCGAUUUCACUCGUGGUUCGACCCUGUCUUCUGCUCAAACCACCUACUUUGGCUUACCGGUAUUCCAGGCGCAGCGUCCUUGAUUGUCGAAGAAGCCCGAAAGCUUCAUGGUGUUACUGUAGCCUUUUUCUACUGCAGAUAUCAAGACCGCGCGCCUGUUGAUGUCGAACGAAACACCUUCCUCGCUGUCGCCCGCGGUGUUCUUGCGCAACUUCUUCACCAAGACGACAGUCUUCUCGCAUAUUUGUAUGAGAAAUCCUCUCGAAGUGGCCAGACCACUCUUUCGACAGACUCCCUUGCCAAGGAGCUCCUGGAUACCGCGGUCAAGAACUGCCACAAAUUGUACAUCAUCAUUGAUGGAAUUGAUGAAUGUGAGAGAGAUCAAAGAAAGGGAAUCGUGACUGCCUUCGAAGGGUUGUGGGAGUCCCUCCCUCCAGGUGAUGCCGAUCUGUUGCGGUGCAUGUUUAUCAGUCAAGAUGACAGCGCCGCGAGAAAGGAUUUUGCCAAGAUGGUAUCCCUCAAAGUCACUGAAGAUGAUACGAAGCAGGAUAUUAGGACCUAUGCGCAUGUCUGGAGUUCGAAGAUUCAAGCGAAGUUUGGCCUGACUCAAGAGAGGCAGAACUAUAUUGAAGACAUGAUUACGCAAAAGGCGGAGGGCAUGUUUCUAUUCGCCAGACUUAUGAGCAGCUACCUAUACAGCCUAACUUCCAUUGGCAGGCUGGACGAAGAGCUUUCUCCUAACACCUUCCCUCAAGGCCCUUUCAGACUGGAUGUAGUCUAUGCACGAAUAACGCGCCGAAUGUUCGGCGAAGACAAAACGCAGGCCUCCGACUCGAUGACGCUAUUGGGCUGGCUCGCGUGCGCGAAGAGGCGACUCAGCUGGAGAGAGAUACAAGGUGCCGUAUCAAUCGAUGUCGAAGACCAGACUGUACAAUGGGAACGCGAUCACUUCCGUGUUGAUUCCAAGGAUCUCUGCGACUCCCUAGUCGAGAUCUACCCGGACGGUGCUGUGGACCUCGUUCAUCAUACGGCGAAACGGUACCUUGUCGAGAAGGGGAUCGUCGAUGUGCGCGCGGUGGAGCUUGCACUUACAUUACGCUGUAUUGAGUACCUCAGCUUUCCGUGCUUCGAUAGGAACACUGAGCCGAAAGACCUUGAGCUAUAUGUUUCGCUCGGAUACUACGGCUUCUUCGAUUACGCUUACGCGUACUGGUCCCGUCACCUCGAUAAGUGUCUGUCUUCACAGCACUCAGAAGAUGUGCUUCGCGAAAUAGCCGAGGCUGCAGGUAUCUUCGUCGAUACGCAUUGGAUUGAAGGAAAAACGAAAACUGUAGUGCCCAAAUCGGUCCUGGAUCGCUUGAAGCCAUUGGAAACGGGCCCAAACUUCGAAAAGAUCGCUUCGGCAUCCUACCUCGCUAGAAGACAGCUCCAUACAUCCAUGAAGACCUCAACCGAGGAGCAAGUCCUAGACCUAGGACAAGUCAUGAAAAUGAUCCGAGACUGUCUCGAAGUCAUGUCCUCAACCACGGAGGCCCCCGAAAAGUUCCAACAGAUGUAUGGGUCACACGUCUACAAGUGUCCUCGGUUGAGCUGUGUUCAUUUCUACAACGGCUUCGCAACAAGUCGGCAACGAGACGACCAUGUCCCCAAGCACGAGCGAUCGUAUUUCUGUUCUUUCUUAGGAUGUCCCUUCGCUACACUAGGUUGCGCAACACUGAAAGACCUCCAAAAGCAUGAGACUGACUUCCACGGGACUAUUAGCCUUGACGACGAGGAUGCGGAGUUCCCCGAAAUGCCACCUGAGAAAUCUUCGUUUGACUGCGAUACGUGCGGCGCCACCUUCACGCGAAAACACAACCUCAAGAAUCAUACACGGCUCAAGCAUAGCGGACCAAACAUAGAAAGUUUCAUCUGUACUACCUGCGGCAAAAGGUUUGCCAGACAAGGAGACCGCACCAGACACGAGAGCACUUCCCACUCGUCCGCUAAGAAGUUUGCCUGUGGCGGUGUCCUCAAAAACGGGUCGCCUUGGGGAUGUGGGCGCGAGUUCAAUAGGGGCGACGUGCUCAGCAGGCACUGGAAGAGUGAGAAAGGGCGCGCUUGCAUCCGGCCUAAGCAAGAAGAAGAGGAAUUGGAGACACCCACGUCCACGUCCACUCCACUUCAGCAACCGAACACCCCUCUUCACAGCACCUGAGAGUGCUGGAACUGUCGAGCGCUUCGCCAUCGCUAUGUCGGAAACCACGAAAACAGCGUGCAUAAAAGAUCAAUCUGCUGCGUUCUCAGUCUCCUUCGGCUUCCAAACUUUUGACAACAAAAGCGAGGUUUAAGCCGUGCACACCACGUUCCUCAUCCUGAAGCCCUUCAAUAUCCAUUGUCUGGCAUAAGCCGGCAAUUCUUAUCACAUUCCUUUUAUCGAUAAGGGACCUCAUACACAACCCGGGAGAAUGUUUCGCGGCGUUACAUUGGGCAAAUAAUAUUUUCUAUUAAUAGAGCUGUGUAACUUUGAUUGGUGGACUUCAAGCGGUCGUGGGGUUCGUGGGGGUUUUGGG